AUGGUUACAUUAAAAAGGGCAUUUGAAGCUUCAAACCUACAUGCACUGAUAAUCAAAAUUGUUGGAGGUACAUUUGAACCAAUAGCUGACAUAUACAGUGAAGAUUUGCGGCUGCUAAUAUUGAGCAUGCUUCAUCGGGACCCAAACAAAAGACCUCACAUUAAUCAGAUCAUUUCUCAGCCAAAGAUUAUUAAUCACAUCAUGUAUUUGUACACAGACUGGGGAAAGAUACCUUCUAUCAGAAUACAGAGACCGCUCUCCAGUAUGCAGCCAACAUCAAGAUGUCGACAAUCUGCUCAAGUAUGUAAUCUUUCAAGUAGAGGUUCAGAUACUUCCACAAGUGAGACUAGCAGUGAGUGCUCAGGAAGUGAACGAAUAAUCACCAUCGAAGGUAGGGCUAGCACCUCUUCAGAUGGCGAAGACUCUGUGCAUGUGGUUGUCAGAUCAGAAGAAUUCCUCAGAAGAUGA